AUGGUAUAUGGAGGAAGACCGAGCACAGGUUGCUAUCUUUGCCUUAAAAGAAAAGUGCGGUGCGAUGAGGCAUUGCCAGAGUGCCGGAAUUGCGUCGUCUACGGACGGCCAUGUCCGGGUUAUCGGCCCGAUACCAUUUUCAGGGACGAGACGCAGAAAGUGCAACGAAUGGUGAAGAAAAACCAGCUUGACAAGUCGUCUUCUGCCGGCUCAGGCAAGACCCGAGCAACAACGCCGCGUACAGUUGAAGUCCCAGAACAGAAGUCUUCUCCUGUAUUGGUUCGUCAGAUCGCCGACUCGAGCUGGGAAGAGCGGGCGAUUUGCUUCUUCUUCGACCAGUACACGUGCUCGAAUGAGACGGGCGAGUGUAUCAGCCACCUGGGGUUCUUGCCGUCGCUGUACGCCCUGUGCCGGGAUCUUGGGGAGAAGGAAUGCUCCGCAUCGUCGUCGUCGCUGCGGCUGGCGGUGGACGCGACGGCUCUUGUCACGCUUAGCAAUGAGAUCAGGGAGCCCUCGUUGAUUGUCAAGGCGCGGUAUCUGUACGGUAUGGCUCUGCAGCGCCUGCAGCAGGCGCUGGCAUCGCGGACGCAAGCUGUCCGGGAUGAGACAUUUGCGUCGGUGGUCCUGCUUUCCAUAUUCGAAGAUAUUACUGGGGAGCGCAAUGGACUCGCGAGCUCGCAUACGGUGGGAUUGGAGCUUCUGAUGAAACUGAGGGGCGUGAGUCAGUUUGGCCACGCGCAGGGUCGGGAUCUGUUCAACUUUGCCUAUGCGCAUACGCAUACCGAGUUCUUGGCCUUGGGCGACAAGCCUCGGUUCAAGACUGAUUGGAUUGCUGGACUCUUGAACAGUUCGGAUCCCGUACACCGGCUGAUGCUCGUCGUAUGGAAAGUUAGCCAGAUAUUCCUCGAGAGUUCGUCCUUGCAGGCCUCGGCCGGAGCGGAAGAUGUGGGCAGGCUCGUCUCGUGCAUGGAAAACGCCAGAUCGGUGGAUUUGGAGCUAGCAGCGUGGAGUCAGAGUCUGCCCGAUAUCUGGCUCCCCCUCAUCGUCUACGCGCAGACACACGAGUCUUUGAUGACCUAUCAGCAGAUCUCGAUCGCAGCGGUGUGGAACUACUACCGUGCUGUUCGCAUCAUCCUGCUCAAAGUCAUGCUCGGGCUCCGCGACACCCUUGCAUCAGCCGUUGGCGAACGCGGAGCCUAUUGCGAGCUUCUUCAAGAGGAACCGAUAAUUCUGGAGUCGAUUCAGGAAAUGAUCACGGAUGUCUGCCGGAGCAUCCCCUUUGCCUUUGGCCUUGUGGAUGCGAUGGGCAAUCCGCUCCCGACAUCUUCGGAGGGCAAGCUACACAUUCGUGCUUUCCAGGGGUACAGUAUGGUAUGGCCCUUGUGGUAUAUCUCGUCAUGUGGUCUAGCAACGCCAGAACAGAGCCACCAGGUCCGAACUGUUCUGGCCCGGGUAGGGUCUACUCUGGGGAUCAAACUGGCGUUGAUACUAGCUGGGGAAAGGGAGGCCGGCUAUAUAGCCCCUACCGCCCUAGGCGACUGUAUCGUCCGUGAAGAGACUGUGGUGUAA